AUGUCCUCGUGCUCCGGUAACCCCUCCAACUGCGGCUUCUGUGGCGUCCAGUCCACCGAGCACGGCUGCGCCAAGACCGACGUCGCCGGCUGCGCCGCCAACCCCUCGCAGUGCACUGCUUGCCAGGGCAACGGCUGUCUCGCCACCGAGUGCACUGGUAACCCCGGCACGUGCAAGGCCUGUACCGCUGGCCACUUUUCGAGCUGCCGCAAGGCCGAGCUCAGUGCCACCGAGGGCAUUGAGCGCGUCCGCAGCUAG